AUGGCAUCACACAAACAAACCCAAUCAUUAUACGUAGAAUGUCAAUUUCCAGACAUUAGAAAGAGAAUUUAUGUUUCAUUGGUUGAUGAAAAUAUUUUUCAAUCAGUUGUUGUUCAACAAGAUUGGACUUUAAAAUGUUUAUUAAAUUAUUUAAAAUCAUCAUUUAAAGUUUCAGAUUCUAUUAAAUAUGUAUCAUUAUUUACAACUGAUAAAGUAAUGAUUACAUCAUUGGAUGUAUUGGUUCAUAAUCAGGUACUUAGAUUGACACCUGGUAUUGAAACUCCAAUCAUCCCAUAUGUCAUUCAACAACAACAACCAGAGAAAAAACAACCAACCUCUACUCUUAUUCAUGAUAGAUCAGAAGUUGAUCAUUCAGAUGAUAAUAAGAGUUUAUAUGAUUUAUCAUAUGAUUGUAAAAAUCCAUUCCUAGAUAUAUUCUAUGAAUUGAAAAGACAAUACAAACAUUUGAUUCAAAUUGGAGAAUCAAAACCAUAUACUGCAACUCUCUACCUUGCCUCACAUUGUGAUAGAACUGAUUCAUCGGCAUGGAUAGUAUUCAAAAAUGACAUGCAACCCGAUCAAUUCACCUAUUCCAUCCAUAUGGCCUCGGCCAUUGCACUAGAGUAUCGAUUGAAACAAAAUUUCAAAAAUCUUACAUCAGUCUAUCAACUCCCACAAGUAUUGGAAGCAGUCAUGUUAACCUUUCAAGAUUACUAUCAAAAGGCACCUGGUAACGCCAAGUAUCCUGCUUAUAUGGAUGGUGAAUUAGUCUCUUUCUUCCCAUCAGAUUAUAUUGAAGUUAAUUCAAUUACUAAAUCACAAUUCAUAUUAGAAUGUAAGGAGAUUGAAAAUAAGAUUAGUCAAUCUUUGGGAGUUUGUCAAUCAAUUAUUAAGAAUUUAUUAUUCAAGUUUAAAUUAUCAAGUAUUAAAUGUACUGGUUAUAUCAAUAAGAAUUUAAAAGGACAUCUUGACAAGAAUGAUGUUCGUCAUUUGAAAUUCAUUGAUACCGACGGUCAAUCAUGUCCCAUUUGUUUUGAUGAUGAUUUGACAGUUGACCAAAUCGUUCAAUUGGCAUGUGGACAUUACAUGUGUACACCAUGUUUUACUCAAUUCAUCGAUACUGAAGUUGAACAUGGCUUGGGCAAUGGAUUCCCCAUUCAAUGUCCAGAUGUACAUUGUCCACUCAUUAUCGAUUCAUCAACCAUUUCAGCAACCUUGACCAAGAGUAAUCUAUUUGAGAAUUUCAAGACUCAAUUAUUUAGAGAUUACAAGAUUUCAUCUGGUAGUCCUCAAUGUGCCGUUAAAAAUUGUAAACAUAUGAUCCUAAAUAAUCCAGAUCUCCAAUUGGUGCUCCCAUUCAGUGGAUGUACAUGUCAAUCAACUCUAUGUUAUCAUUGUGGUGCAUCUGCCUAUCACUGGCCACACUAUUGCAAGGGUAACCUCAAUGAAUUAUUCAACGAAGAUUUAGAAACUAUUAAAUAUCUCUUGGCAACUUCAACUCUUUGUCCAUCUUGUCAAUAUCCUGUUCAAAAAACAACCGGAUGUAAUCAUAUUAAAUGUGGAAUAUGUAAUACUGACUUUUGUUAUGUUUGUGGACUAAAAUAUGUAAAUGGAGGUCAUCCAUUGAUCAAUGGAGCGUAUGGGUGCCCUGGAGACCAAAGACGUAAGCUAUUGAUUGCCAAGGGUGUUGAAAAGUCUGUUGGUUUAAAGGCAAGUACAUUGUUGGCCUUGCAUGGAAAUCCAGAUUCACCAGCUCGAUUCCUCAUUGUUCAAUUCCAAGAGUUUUCAAAAUCUUUAGAAGGUAACUUUGCUAGAAAGGAUUACCAAGGGAUCAAGGAAAAGGCCGAUUACUGUGUUUCGCUAUUCAAAGAAUACUUGGAGGAAAAAUUAAAAAAGAAUGGAAAGAGAAGAAAGGAGAUCGUCGAUGAAAUUCAAAAAUGUACUCAUGCCAUUGCCUCGAGAUUCCAAAUUAAAAAGAAUGGUCAUAGCCAUAUCGAACCUCAUGUUGAUGACCGUAUCAAGAUCAAGACAGUGUCAUGUACUCUAUCAAUCAAUGGUGUGUUGGAUGAAGGUAUCAAUCUCUUUGUAAAGACAAACAUGUCUGAAUGGAAGAUUGAUAUUUUAGAAUCACUCGGUCUCUCUAUGACAAAAGACAACGAAUCCAAAUUUACAAAUUAUCUCAACAAAAUGAUCAUCUAUAAUCUUGGUGGAAAUAUCAUCAAGUCUUCCAGACACGUUGUAUUGGGUGAAAGAAUCUUUAUAGCUCUUCAAGGUGAAGAUUAUCUUGAUCCACAAAUCCCAAAUGAAAAUGAAAUAUCACCAAGACCAUCCUCAUCUCCAACUGGUUCAUCAUCAAACAAGAAACGAUCCAAUAAGAGAUCAUCAUCUCCACCACCACCACCACCACCUUCAUCAUCUCCAUCAAAUAUCUAUCAAGAAUUGGAGGAUUUAAGAUCCAACCCAAUUUACAGAGAUGCUGCUGUCUAUAAUAAUGAAGAAGAUGAACAACUUGCAUUGCUCAGACUCCAAGUCAACGGUGAAUUAAAACAUCUUUUAGUUGAUCAAGAACAUGGUGACAGUGAUGAUGAUGACAUUGCCGAUCAAUGGGAAGAUUGUUUCGACCAAGGCGAAGAAGAAGAUUGGGAAUUGAUUGAACAACUUGAACAAAUCAAACAAAUGGAAAAGAUGGAAAAGAUGAAACAAGAAAAGACCAAUCAUCACGAGUUUCAAGUUGAUGCUCUUGGAUGGCAAGUAUUCCCAGCUAUUCCAAGUUCACCAAGUCGACCACUCUCUAUUCCAUGUGGUUUGUCGGCAACCAAGAAGAAUAUCAGUACCAACCAUAAUCAUUUGGAAGAUUUCUUGGAUGAUGAUUUUUUGGAAAAGUAUGAUUCUGUUAUCGAAAAUUUUGAAAAGGUUCAUAAGAAAUUACUCUACCCAUUACCACCAUGGAAUUAA